CGGGGCCGGAGCGGGAGCGGCGGGGCCGCGGCCCGGGGGGAUGGAGACUGCCAUGGUGAACCUGCGGGGUCUGUACGAGCAGCUGAUGCGCCAGGCCGAGGUCCUGAGCGAGGGAAACGAGUACCAGUUCAUUCAGCUGGCCAAGAACUUCGAGGAGUAUCGGAGGAAAUGGCAGAAAACGGAGCACGAGCUGGGCAGGUACAAAGACCUGCUGAUGAAAACGGAGGCCGAGCGCAGCGCCCUGGACGUGAAGCUCAAACACGCCCGCAACCAGGUGGAUGUGGAGAUCAAACGGAGGCAAAGAGCUGAGAUGGACUGCGAGAAGCUGGAGCGGCAGAUCCAGCUGAUCAGGGAGCUGCUCAUGUGCGAUGCUUCGGGCAGCAUCCAGCUCAGCGAGGAGCAGAAGUCUGUCCUCGCCUUCCUCAACAGGCCAAAGGUUUCCGUGGGGGGCUCAGGAGGCAAAAGGCUGUCUACAAUAGAUGAAUCUGGCUCAAUUCUGUCAGACAUCAGCUUCGACAAGACCGAUGACUCACUGGACUGGGACUCCUCUGUGGUGAAAGCUGUCAGGCUGAAGAGGAGGGAGAAGCGGCGCUCUUCCAGGCAGUUCACUGAAGGCCCACCAGGUCCUCAGAAGAAAUCCAGGUCCAUCAGCAACACAGCAGACCAGGCCAAUGAAUCCAUCGUUGCAAAGACAACUCUGAUGGUCCCCAACGAUGGUGGCCCCAUCGAAGCCAUUUCCACCAUCCAGACCGUGCCUUUUCCUCGCAGGAGCCGGAGGAAGAGCGGUCCUUUGCAGGCCUGGAACAGCGAGUCCAGCGUAGGCAGCAAGCAGCUGGAAUCCAAGUCGGACACCGACGGCUCCAGCACCCCCCAGCACGGGGGGGUGAGGCUGCACGACUUUGUCUCCAAGACGGUUAUCAAGCCAGAAUCGUGUGUCCCGUGCGGAAAGAGGGUGAAGUUUGGGAAGAUCUCCCUCAAGUGCCGGGACUGCCGCGUGGUCGCUCACCCCGAGUGCCGGGACCGCUGCCCCCUUCCCUGCAUCCCGACCCUGGCAGGAACUCCGGUCAGGAUCGGAGAGGGGACCUUGAUGGAUUUUGUCCCUUCUAGUCCUCCAAUGAUCCCUUCCAUCAUCGUGCACUGUGUUAAUGAGAUCGAGCAACGAGGGCUGCAUGAGACCGGCCUUUACCGCGUCUCUGGCUGCGACAAGACGGUGAGGGAGCUGAAGGAGAAGUUCCUCAGAGCGAAGAGCAUCCCCCUGCUCAGCAAGGUGGAUGACAUCCACGCCAUCUGUGGCCUCCUCAAGGACUUCCUGCGCAGCCUCAAGGAGCCCCUUCUCACCUUCCGGUUAAACAAGGUUUUCAUGGAAGCUGCGGAAAUCCCAGAUGAGGAUAACAGCGUUGCUGCUAUGUACCAAGCGGUUGGAGAACUUCCCCAGGCCAACAGGGACACCUUGGCUUUCCUCAUGGUCCACCUGCAGAGGGUGGCUCAGAGCCCUGAUACUAAAAUGGACAUCUCCAACUUGGCCAAAGUGUUCGGCCCCACAAUCGUCGCCCACGCGGUCCCUGACCCUGACCCCAUGACCCUCCUGCAGGACACCAAGAGGCAGCCCAAGGUCGUGGAGCGACUUCUGCUGCUGCCCAUGGACUACUGGAGCCAGCUGAUGAUGGUGGAGCAGGAAAACAUCGACCCAGCGCACGUGAUCGAGAAUGUCAAUGCCUACUCCACCCCCCAGACCCCUGAGGUUCAAGUGAGCAUCCUGGGACCCCUCACCACCCCGGAGCAGAAGCUCUCCAAGACUCCAUCAUCCAGCUCCCUGUCCCAGAGGGUCCGGUCCACCUUCAGCAAAACCACUCCCAGGUUUGGGAGCAAAAGCAAGUCAACCACCCAGCUUGGGCACCAGGGCAACUUCUUUGCCUCUCCCAUGCUGAAGUGAGGACCUGGGAGCUGGUCUCGUCCUGGCAUUUGCACACCCACAAGUCCAACA